AUGGUCCUGGUUACUCAAUUUACGACUGUAUACGCCACGGAUUUCGUCCAAGCUACGAUCACGCCGUCCGUGUCCUCGACGUCGACAUUAACGACGACAACAGCUACCAGCUCUUCAGCUGCUCUGCGCAGCAAUGUGCUGCAGUCUACCAUCUCGACCUCGUCAAUGGUUGUUCCCUCUCAAACGUUGUUACCAGCCUCCUCGGAGACCGCCAUACCCGUUGCUCCAGAGCCAAAAUUUAACGAUACUUUUGCGUACGUUUCCCUCGCUGCAAUCAUUACUCUUGCUGUACUACAGAUCGCUAUGGUUACGUACUUGGUCUAUCUACGUUUUAAAGGUGAGUGUCUCCAUUGUCAUGACCUGCAGCAGCAGCUUCGUAAGUGGAAAUCCGGGGAGCUGAAGCCUAUCACGCCUCAGAUGGUUUGGAGACGCGAUGCGCUGAACAAGGUUGCUUCGGCCAGCAAUCCUUCUUCGAAUCUCGAUGUCGAACUGGGAUUUGUUGCACAUGAAAUGUCUCGUGCUCCUACUCCAAUUCAGUUCGAAAUCGACAACAAGCCGACGCUCUUCCAAAAAGCUAGAGCCAAAGUCUCACGUAAAGACAAGUCGUCAAUUCACAUGCCAGAUCCGUUGCCUGAUGAUGGUGUUGAUCGAUUCUUCACUGUCAAUCCGGAUGCACCCAUCAACAAUCCGGAACCUUCUCGUCGUACUACGGCUCUGCUCCCACAGACUACGUACAAUGCUGGUAAUCUAUAUGCAACUCGCAACUCUCCUUACCCAACUUCUUCCAUAUACUCUCAGGAUAUAGACCCUGUUCGUACCGAUGGCAACGGAUCGCGUGUCUUCAGCGACAUCUGGACACCGGAUAUUGCCAACAUGCGCGGCCCUCCUCGCAAAGAGUCGUAUGAUUCAAACCUACACGCCGGGCACGCUACUACUAAUCACGAUCCGCACGACGCUCGUCACAAGGAACGUACCAUUCCAACAACUCCAGCUACGCUAGAGUCUAGGGAGUACAAGGAAGCCGAAUUAGCCCUGAAGCGCGCAUCUGCCACGGACUCCGAGAAAGAUGGCCUGAGACCGUCAGAGCUAGAGGAUAUCCAAGAGGAUUUUUCACCAGGGUUGACCCGAGCGCUGGCCAACAAGCAAAUGUUGUAUCUCCAUAAUUUCACCUUCUUCCCAGGGAAAUGGUUGGUACAGCCCGAGAGAGCGGGAUUUCUGAAAAACCAGGUUGUCCCCUUCCGCAUCACCUCAAAAGACGGAGAGCGGCUUUUCGCAUGGCUAAUAGCUCCAUUGGGAGUAUACGCUAGAGAUGCCGACGCCUUCAUACAAGAGAAGACAGGUACCGAUGUAGAGCAUACGCUUGCAUGGAGAUUGCUGCGUGACGAUCCAGAAGCAAGACUCCUCAUCUAUUUCCAUGGCAACUCUGCUACGUUGGCACAGGAGCGCCGUACAAUAGAGUAUCGCUCGUACUCUGCUGGGGCGUCUGAGAAGAUGUUCGUCUUAGCAUUCGACUAUCGCGGCUUCGGCAUCUCAACAGGCGACCCCUCGGAGAGUGGCUUACUGAACGAUGCAGAGGCUGUAAUUGACUGGGCUUUGAACACCUGUCUUAUACCGCCAGAGCGGAUUGUGCUCCUCGGACACUCACUGGGAACGGCGGUCGUAUCCGGCAUCGCACACCGUUAUGCGACCAAUCUCGGCAUCGAGUUUGCAGGCCUGAUCUUGUGUGCAGCCUUCACGAAUGCUGGCAACGCAUUCUCUUCGUAUUCAAUCGGUGGAAUUGUUCCCGUUCUUGCGCCUGUAAAGGUAUUCCCUGCCUUCCAAGCCUGGUUUGCCCGUAGGAUGGUAGACACUUGGCGAAGCGAUGACCGACUGGCAACAAUGGCGCGUAAGUCGAUCAAAGCCCAUAAUAUUGUGGGACUAUCUCAGAAGUUUUCAGAUGUUCAGAUUUCCUCAGAUCCGUCUGUUCCGAUACUGAUGACUUGGCCAGGAACUUGCUCGAGGUUCAAGUUGGUCCUCGUUCACGCCGAGAGUGACCAGACUAUGCCAUGGCACGAAACCGAGUCGCUGUUCCAAUCGACACUUCGGGCCGCAAAGGACGCGAGUCCUAAUGAAGACAAUCUCAAGAGUCUUGAGGUCGUAGAUUUGGGCGAAGCCGGUAGACAAGAGGUUUGGCAGAGCAAUUCGCGCAGCAUCUCAAAAACGAUUGCUAAGCACGGCGGUACGUACUCGUCCUGA